AUGGCCGAUGAACUCGAACAGUUUUUAGCUUUUGUUUUAAACAGAUCUGAAGAAAUUCGUUUGCUGGAAAACACAAGCGCUUCGGAUAAUUUUCUCUCUGAAUUAUUGAAACACAUUGAUUUACUUGGUAAGACCGUACAGUUACUGAAUGAAAUCAAAGAUUUUGUGGAUGCUCCUGCAGUUCACUGUGCUUCUGAGCCUGACUCACACAAAUGGCGGGAAUUGAUCGACAUUUAUUAUUACAUUCCAAAGGACUCUUUGAUAGAAUUGCGAGGUCUUAAUUUUUCUUGGAGCAAGAUCUCCAGUAUGUUUCGCGUAUCCAGGUGGACUAUUAUGCGUCGUGUCAACGAGUAUAACCUUUCAAAUUUACAAAGGUUUUCCAUAAUUUCGGAUGAGGAAAUUGACGAAAUUGUAAGGGAGUACAUUUCCCGGCAUGGUUCAACCACUGGUGAACCAUUCAUGUCUGGCUACUUUAGAUCUUUAGGCCUUCAUAUACAAAGGCGAAGAAUUAGAGCGUCGCUGAACAGGGUAGAUCCUGAACACUCUGCGUUACGUUGGGGUGCUCUAGUUUCAAGACGAAAAUACUUUGUACGUUGGCCAAAUUCCCUUUGGCACUUAGAUGGCCACCAUUCCCUCAUCAGAUGGAAGUUUGUCAUACAUGGCUGCUGUGAUGGUAAAUCCAGAAAAAUUAUGUAUUUGAAGUGCAAUACAAAUAACCGUGCAGAAACUGUCCUGAAUUUAUUUCUAAGAGCUAUCAAUGAAAAUGAGGGAUUAUGGCCUUCUCGUGUCCGUGUGGAUUAUGGUGUUGAAAAUGUGCUGGUGUGCGAUGAGAUGGUUUCCCAGCGGGGCGAAGGACGAGGAAGUUACAUAGCUGGUUCAUCAACAAGUAAUCAAAGAAUUGAGAGACUUUGGCGCGACGUGUUUAGAUGUGUUUGCCACUUCUUUUACUAUACUUUUUAUGCUAUGGAACAGACAGCAAUUUUGGAUAUUGAAAACCCAAUCCAUAUGUUUGCAUUACACCAAGUAUUCACAAGUAGAAUAAAUACUGCUUUAGAUGAUUUUGCUGCAAUGUUUAAUAACCAUAGACUUUCAACUGAAAAUGGUUGGAGCCCUAACCAGAUCUGGCUAAAUGGAAUGCUAAAUGAAAACAAUCCAUUGCGCUUUAGUCAUGGAUUGGAUGACUUAGUUGUUGAUCAACAUUAUGGUGAAGAUCCUGAUGGCCCACGUCCUUUGUCAGAUGAUGAAGGUGUUGUUGUUGAACCAGUGCAAAUAAUAAAUGAGAGAGAAAUAUCUGAUUCAAUUUUGCAGCAAAUUAAUCUAAAUAGACCAUCAGAUAAAGCUGGUAUGGAUGUUUAUGCUGAUGUUUUAGCUCUAGUUGUGCAAAAUCUUGAGGAGUACAUUUAAAUGCAAUUUUGUCCAAUAGGAACACAACCUGUUUUUUCCAAAGUUUUUUCCAACUUUUAUCAAAGUUUAUGAAACAUUAUAUAAUUAGAAAUUAGUGUGUGUUUAAAAAAUCACUUCUUAAAAUCUAACAACUAAUAAAAAUAGAAAACCAUGAAAAAAUGAUAUAACAGACAAUCAAUUCUGCAAUGUACAGAACUAAAAUGUUGGUCUUUCAAUGCCUUUGAAAUGUUAACACAAGAACUAGAAACCUAAAAUCAAAUUCAUGUGGGAAACUCAAAGUCUAAGACAUUCAAUUCACUUCUGUGAUGUUCAGAUCAAUGCAUAUGUUGAAUACAAUUCUUAAUCAAUGGUCUUAAUGAAUUAGGCAUGUAAUACUAUAAACAGGAAGAGGUAACUUUAGUAAUAACAUAAGUGUAGUUUAACUAUUGGCUUCUUUGACUUUGACUGCCCACAUGAUUUUUUGUUAACAGUAUUGAUAAAUUGUUAAUGAUGUAUUAUCAAAUAAUAUGAA